UCCCUAGUGCAGCUGGGUCGCUCGAAAUCCGCUUCCUUUUAAAUGCUUUAGACUUUCAGCUUAACGAAGCGUAGCGAUAUUAAAAAAUAAAUAAGUACAAUAAGUAAAAAGAGAACCUCCUACCAGCCCAGGCCGUGUGACACCGGCUUUACGUCAAAUAGCGGGCGUGCGAGGUGUUGUGGCGGUGUGACAUUCCCCUUGAGAUUGACGCCACAGUUGACCGCGUGAUGUCAUCCCGUAUACCGUACCUCCAGAAGCGUGCGUUUCGAAACCAGGCAGUUUAUAUGAUGAGCUGAGCAGCACGCUGUCAUUCUUCAUUUCGGAGAGCGCCUGAUGGUGCCUUAACUGACCGUUUUGGGAAAUGGGACUUUAAUGAUCGUGAGAUGAAAUAGGAAAACCAAGGAGUCUGUGCAUCGGCUUGAUCCCGUGACUCUCGUGAUCCUGUACAGUUUUAGGUGGUGAUGGCAGCAAACGAGUACUCUUAUGAGAAUAUGGGAGUUAUUUCUAGACAGAACUCUAAUGCAGGCAUUUCUUGUGAAUUUGAAAUGACGUUAAUGGAGAGAAAUCUGCAGUUUGUGGAGAAACUAGAAGAUCAAUACACAUGUCCCAGUUGCUGCAGAUUUGUUAUCAAUCCUCACCAGGCUAGCUGUGGACACAUAUUUUGUUAUCAAUGCAUAACAAUGUUCCUGGAAUGUAGAACCAAUCCAGUGUGUCCUGUUGAUAACACCGUAAUAAAAGCAAAUGAGGUUUUUCUGGAUAACUGCUGCAAAAGGGAAAUACUGAAUCGAGAGGUCUUCUGUGUCAAUUCCCCUAACUGCUUGUUUAAAGUCAUUUUAUGUCGUUUGCAGGAUCACCUUAAGCAGUGUCCAUAUGAAUCUGUACAGUGCACUAACAAAGGAUGCACAGUAGCACUGUUUCGGAAGGAUGUAAAGGAACACAUCAAAAAUGAGUGUAAAUAUCGUCUGGAGCCAUGUUCAUAUUGUCAGACGUAUGUCAUGGUAUUGCAGGUAAAGACACACGAACAGUACGAAUGUCUGGAAUAUUUGGUUCCAUGCCCAGAUAAAUGUUCAGAAUUUGUGAAACGAAGUAAGCUUGCUGAUCACUUCCACGAGUGCCCAGAAAUAGAAGUUGAUUGUAUCUACAAGAAGUAUGGCUGUACUGUCAGGGAAAAACGUAUUAAAGUUCGGGCUCAUGAGGACACAGCUCUGAAGAACCACUUGCUUCUUGUAGUGGAGAAUAAUACCAAACUGGAGAAACAGAUAGCGGGCCUUAAGGAGACUUUACAUGAAAAGCAUAAUGAAAUACAAGAGUUAACAAGAGUUGUUGACAAGAUGGAGAAAGAAAUCAAACCCCUUGUGCAAAAUGUUACUAGAAAUGACAAUAUGCUUUCAGCUAUUCAAAAAUCACUUGAAGACCAGAAAGAGAAAGUAUCCAACAUCCAUUUACAGUUACAGCAGUUGAGCAGGUCAUUUAACCAAGACCCAAGCAGAAAAGACCUUGGGCAUUUAAGAAUCUCAGUAGAUAACCUGCGGCAGCAAGUAUCCGUUAUUGAGUCACUCCGAGAUCGCUUAGCCUCCUUAGAAGUACAAUCUACACGUCAUUCUGGACAAUUAAAUAUACACGUUGACCAGCUAAGCCUAAAUGAAGAAAGAUUUAACUGUUUGGAAUCUACCUCGUACAAUGGAAAAUUCAUAUGGAAGAUACGAGAUUAUAAAAAGAAGAAGAAGGAAGCAGCAGAAGGUCGCAUUGUUUCAAUUUUUAGUCAACCAUUUUACACAAGUCGCUGUGGAUAUAAACUAGGUGCAAGGGCAUACCUGAACGGAGAUGGCAAUGGCAAAGGCACACACUUAUCCCUUUACAUUGUGUUGAUGAAAGGAGAAUUUGACUCAUUGUUACCUUGGCCUUUUAAACAGAUGGUGACACUGAUGAUCCUAGACCAAAGUGGAGCUAAAAGUGACAUUUCAGAUGUUUUUAAACCAGACCUACAUAGUGGUAGCUUUAAGAGGCCUGUGAAUGAAAUGAAUGUAGCUUCUGGUUUUCCUUGUUUUGUUCCUCAUACCACUCUGGAGUCUUCAAAACAAAGCAUUUAUAUAAAAGAUGAAACUUUAUUUGUAAAGGUCAAAGUAGACUUAAAUGGAUUAGAGGAGCUCUAAUGGUACCAUUUCUGAAACAUAUGGUAUCAAAAAAGUCCCUCAAGUUUGUUUCUUUCUCAGAAUCCAGUGGAACUAUUCUACCAGUUAAUUUAAUGCUUUUAACAGAAUUUAGGCUACUUCGGUUUGUGUAUAAAAUUGCAAUGAUGUCAAACAUCAGUAUGUGUUAAAAGUUAUUUUUUAUCACAACGUAGAACUUGAUAUAAAGCAUUUAAAUAAUUGAAGCUUUCAAUCUUGCUUUUAUUUCUUUUAGCAAAGAAAUGAUUAGAAUAGGGCGGCACGGUGGCGC